CUGCCAACGGGAACACGGAUUCCCUGCACCUCCUGAUAGACAGCGGGGAGCGGGCAGACAUCACCGACGUCAUGGACAUCCACGGCCAAACCCCACUGAUGCUGGCGAUCAUGAACGGCCACGUUGACUGUGUCCACCUCUUGCUGGAGAAGGGAUCCACGGCCGAUGCAGCGGACAAGAGGGGAAGGACCGCUCUGCACCGAGGGGCCGUGACGGGCUGUGAGGACUGCCUGGCUGCUCUGCUGGACCACGAUGCCUUCGUUCUGUGUCGGGAUUUCAAAGGCCGGACCCCGAUCCACUUUGCGUCGGCGUGCGGGCACUUAGAAAUCCUGCGGACCCUGCUGCAGGCAGCCCUCUCUACUGACCCCCUGGACUCCGUGGUGGACUACAGCGGCUACUCACCAAUGCACUGGGCUUCAUACAGUGGGCAUGAAGAUUGUCUUGAAUUGUUACUUGAACACAACCCGUUCGCGUACCUAGAAGGAAACCCCUUUACUCCAUUGCACUGUGCAGUAAUUAACAACCAGGACGGCACCGCUGAAAUGCUGGUGGAAGCAUUAGGUGCCAAGAUUGUUAAUAGCAGAGAUGCCAAAGGAAGGACACCCCUUCACGCUGCUGCCUUUGCAGACAACGUCCAUGGUUUACAGCUGCUUCUGCGCCACCAAGCCGAGGUGGACGUGACCGACAAGCUGGGGAGGACUCCCCUCAUGAUGGCUUCUGAGAACGGGCACACCGCCGCCGUCG